GCUCAGAUUGUAGAGACAAGCAACCGGCGCAAAGUGUUCGAAAUCACCUCAAGGAAGUCGAGAAACCAGAUGGAGCAGAAUCUUUCUUCGUUCUUGAGUGAGUAUCUGUCUGAGUGUUGCAACUGUUGUCCAGCAAAGAGAUUCUCCUCCGCUUCACCCCGCCCCGCCCUAGACAGAACCGAACUUGACCCCAUAUAAGGACAUAAUUAAACGCCUCUAUACACACCCGUCAUUUUCAUAGGUCAUCUCCAUUGGGGCUCCUCACUUAUCUCUGGUGAUUUGAUGCAAAAAAUGAAAACUUUAUCCCGUUAGUGAUGCUGUCUGUACAUUGUUUUCCAACAGGCAACUGCUGGACAGCAGAAAUAGCACAGUGUCUCACUUUGAUCCUCUAACCAAAACCAAUAGGGUAGUUUUUGAAGGUACGAAGGAACGGAUUCCGUAGUUGUAAAGCAAGUAGACAGCACAGAGAUAUCUUCUGGCAGGACAUCAUUCCCAGUGUGCUUCAUACUCAUUGUACUAGUUGUUCAUCUCGUUUUCAUCCUUUCCUUCUUGGUAUUACUUGGUCGCUGGUCUAGCCAUCAGGAUUUAGACAGGAUGCAGGCGGCGCUCGCAAAGUUGGCCGCGAAUUAUGGGCUUGGUCAAGGACAACAGAUGGAUGAUACAGAAAGCGUGAUGUUUACCGAAUUCGAACGAACUUGGCGCAAGGCCGCCGGCGAUCGUGGUCGCCUCGAUGCGGCAGUCAAAAACCGUCUUUUCGCACACGCAGUAGAGAUUCUCUUCGAAUUAAUGAAGCCGAAUAGCAUGGCAGAUGGUAAGUACUAGAAGCUAGCAGAUGGCCAAGCUUUGCUUCAAUCAUUUUAAACAUCGACUGAUAAUGUCCAUGGUUUCUUUAACGACUGAAUUCAGUUACCAUUUGUACUUGGAAAAUCUUUUUUUUUUUUUCACAGUUGAGCAGACCUGUUUUCGUUCGUUCAUAUUCCUUCAUCUGCAUAUGGUUGCAAUGUGCAUUCCACUCAAAACAGGCUACGCUUGCACAGAGGCGCAGCUGCUUGGGAGCUUAAAUACCAAGUUCGAGCAACUGACUUCAGAAGGUCCUCUUGCAAAGGCGGUACACGACACACUCGCGGACAGUUUUAAAGCUUAUGCCUCGAGCAAAGAUCCAGCCAUGGGCAAGGAGCGAAAGCCCCUAGAGCUUGGUAGCGCUCUAGCUCAAAUCUCUAACUUUUUCUGAGAGUUCGUGAACAAGGUGGCCUCUUGUGCUCUCCCCUGUCAAAUUGUCACAGAUCCUGCCAAAGUUGCAUGGGUAGUCCACUGCGUGCCUCGCUGUCUUUUAUGUCAGUCGGAGCUACGCUCGACUGGUUUACAUAGCAACUACUCUGUAGCGUGAAAGGCCGGCUCGCCAUAGUAUUUUAACUCAAAGCCUUGGGGACGUUGUCCCAGCUUGCUUAGGGUCUUUAGGCUAAUCACCGAGCGCAAAAAUUAUACUUUGUCUUGCUCUUUUCUGAUCCCUAUCCUUACUUUUGUUGGAAACCGCAGAUCAGGAGGCUGCGACACCGUGGGAAGGUCUGCCACGAGCCAAAUAGUAGUAGAAGUCCUUGCCCAAAGUGUAACGCGCCGAAGGUAAACGCUGCCACCGCCAAAGCCGGAGAAAGACAGGCAAGGACAAGCAAACCACUGCGACGAGGAAGAGGGCCGGAAGGUAGAACGCCACCAAAUUCCAACUCAGUCGAGCGCAGUCGCGCCGGUGCAUUCUCACGACCUGCGUUGGCGUAACUCCUCCCACCCAAAGGGUCCAGGGCCGUCAAGAUGGUAAGCACUCGGGCUCUUUGGCUCGUUGUUCAAUUGAUCAAGUGCGCUGGCUGAUUCACAUCGAGCCGCCAAGCCGGGAAGUGGAACACCUUCAAGGCCUUGCAGCUUGGUCGCCUCGAGCUGUCUCUGACAUUCCCCCCCCAAGAGCGAGGGGGGGGGCUGCUUUCAUGAAGUCCAAAAACACCCACGAGAAGCUGCAGGACCACGGCGGACCAAGACCAGUCGAACACAUAAGCCGCCGCAAGUGACAGGGCUCGAAAGUGCUCGGGAGUUAUCAAGGGAAAAGGCGGAAGGCUUAAGCGCACAAAGCACAGUCGACCUCUUCGCAAAGACAGAGGGGCGGCGACCUUGUGACGAAAUAGGCCGCACCAUCAAGAGAGAGAGCCCGAGUAAGUUGCCAGGCGUGG